GUAUAACCAUUCUUCAAUAAAAGUAUCAGUGAAGACCGCAAGUUACACGCGUGACGUCAUCAGAGCGACGGGAUGAGGGUGCCUGAGAAGGCGCUGUGCCUGGCGCUGCUGUGCCUCACGGCCGCAACGGCGCAGUCGCCUGCUGCUGAUCAGGCGUGCGCGACAACGUUUGGGAACAGUGCCGGCACCAGUCAUUGGUGCCCGGGCUCGUGCACGACAUGGCGGAACCAGUCCUACUCCGAGGCAUACGGCAGGGGAUCAGACGUUACAGGGACUUUAAUUUAUGACGGGAGCUCCCCGGUGUGUCUGGCCGCCCUCCACGCCGGCGUCUUGCGGUCCGGGGAGGACAAGGCGGUCGCCUUCACAUCUGCGACGGCCACCGACAGCUUCGUGGGCACAAUCCGUAAUCGCGUUGUGUCGAAAUACAAGGAAGUGCCACCAAAUCAACGAUCGUACAGUUUCAGUGAAAAAUCCUUCCCAACGACGACAGUAAAGAUCAGAUCCCGGGGUUUGACGACACGACGGCAAGAGCCGGAGCAGCGCCACCGAGACGUGGCUCAACGGCUGCGUCGUAGCUUAGGUGGAGCAAUAGCACUAACUUAA